GGUGCCACUCGGGGCGGCGGCGGCCGGGGGAGGUGGUGAGGCGGCUGGGCCCAUCCUCUGCUGGCGGCGGCGGCGGCGGCGGUGGCACCAUGUACGGCUUCGUCAAUCACGCCCUGGAGCUGCUCGUCAUCCGCAACUACGGCCCCGCCGUCUGGGAGGACAUCAAGAAGGAGGCACAGCUGGAUGAAGAGGGACAGUUUCUGGUCAGAAUAAUCUACGAUGAUUCCAAAACCUAUGACCUUGUUGCAGCUGCAAGCAAGGUCCUUAAUCUAAAUGCUGGGGAAAUUCUUCAAAUGUUUGGGAAGAUGUUUUUUGUGUUUUGUCAAGAAUCUGGUUAUGAUACAAUUCUACGUGUCUUGGGCUCAAAUGUCAGAGAGUUUUUGCAGAACCUGGAUGCUUUGCAUGACCACCUCGCUACUAUUUACCCGGGUAUGCGAGCACCUUCCUUCAGAUGCACCGACGCGGAGAAGGGAAAGGGACUCAUUCUGCAUUACUACUCAGAAAGAGAAGGUCUUCAGGAUAUUGUCAUUGGAAUCAUCAAAACAGUAGCUCAACAGAUCCACGGUACAGAAAUAGAUAUGAAGGUUAUUCAACAGAGAAAUGAGGAGUGUGACCACAUUCAAUUUUUAAUUGAAGAGAAAGAGUCUAAAGAAGAGGACUACUAUGAGGACCUUGACAGAUUUGAAGAAAAUGGUACCCAAGAGUCUCGCAUCAGUCCCUAUACUUUCUGCAAGGCAUUUCCUUUCCACAUCAUAUUUGACAGAGAUCUGGUGGUCACACAAUGUGGCAAUGCUAUAUACAGAGUCCUUCCACAGCUACAGCCAGGAAAUUGCAGUCUGUUGUCAGUUUUCUCCUUGGUCCGGCCUCAUAUUGAUAUUAGCUUCCAUGGGAUCCUCUCCCAUAUUAAUACAGUCUUUGUACUGAGAACUAAGGAGGGGCUGUUGGAUGUGGAAAAGUUGGAGUGUGAAGAUGAACUGACUGGCACAGAAAUCAGCUGCUUACGGCUGAAAGGUCAAAUGAUCUACUUGCCUGAAGCAGACAGCAUUCUCUUUCUUUGUUCGCCAAGUGUGAUGAACUUGGAUGAUUUAACCAGGAGAGGUUUAUAUCUGAGUGAUAUUCCACUGCACGAUGCUACCCGUGAUCUGGUUCUUUUGGGAGAGCAGUUCAGAGAGGAAUAUAAACUGACUCAGGAGCUCGAGAUCCUCACUGACAGACUGCAGCACACACUGCGUGCACUGGAAGAUGAAAAGAAAAAGACAGACACAUUACUGUACUCUGUUCUACCGCCAUCAGUGGCAAAUGAGCUGAGACACAAGCGUCCUGUUCCAGCCAAGCGCUAUGACAAUGUCACCAUUCUGUUCAGUGGCAUUGUGGGAUUCAAUGCCUUUUGUAGUAAACACGCCUCUGGAGAGGGAGCCAUGAAAAUUGUCAACCUUUUAAAUGAUCUUUACACAAGAUUUGAUAUUCUGACUGAUUCACGAAGGAAUCCAUUUGUUUAUAAGGUGGAAACAGUUGGGGACAAGUAUAUGACAGUGAGUGGUCUACCAGAGCCUUGCAUGCAUCAUGCACGAUCUAUCUGCCACCUGGCUUUGGAUAUGAUGGAAAUAGCAGGCCAAGUUCAAGUAGAUGGUGAGCCUGUACAGAUAACAAUAGGAAUCCAUACUGGUGAGGUAGUCACAGGUGUCAUAGGUCAAAGGAUGCCACGGUACUGUCUCUUUGGAAAUACUGUGAAUCUAACAAGCAGGACAGAAACUACUGGAGAAAAGGGAAAGAUCAAUGUCUCUGAAUAUACUUACAGGUGUCUCAUGACACCAGAAAAUUCAGAUCCUCAGUUCCACCUGGAGUACAGGGGUCCAGUUUCUAUGAAGGGCAAAAAAGAGCCAAUGCAGGUUUGGUUUUUGUCCAGAAAGAGUACAGAGACAGAGGAAACAAAGCAAGAUGCUUCCUGAGCUGAGGGAAGAGGAAGAGGAUGCUGAAUAGGGUGCAAUACUGUCUCCAAAUAGGGUGCCAGGCAGUAAGGUUGUGUUAUGGAUGUUAUUUCACAUUAUAUCUCCCACUGCCAUGUGCAAUACCAUUGUCUUUUGCCCUACUCCUGAAGUCAUACUUACCAUUUUUCUCCAGGCUUGCUUGCUAAUUUUUUGUCCUUAUUGUUUGGUACUGUUAUAUCUCUGCUAUGAGCAUGUAUUUCAAGCUUUCCUUUUUUUGAUAUGCAUUUUUGCAUGUCAGUCAUGUGACCAUUCCUACCACCAGAUAAUAUUGAAUGAAACCAUGUAGUAUGCACACCACAACUAAUGACUUCAAUCUGAUGCUUCGUAUCUUCAUCUUCAUCUCUGAAGUACUGUGGUUAUGUGAAUUGAUGACAUUUCUGGAAAGAUAGGUAUUUCAGUUGAUAGGCAGAACAAUGAACCUAAGGAACUGUAUUUAAUAAUAAUACCUAAAGCGGCAUUAUAAAAAUUAUUGUAUAAAUGUUAUCAGAUUUAGUUCUGCUAUUACCAUGCUUCCCAUUCGUUUUGUGAAUAACACUUGAUGCUCUUUAAAUUCCUGGUUAGAAAAAGGGUUCUCAUUUGAUAUCAUCCUGCAUUUUCCCUUUGUGGACACUCUGUAGACAUCUUCUGUAUUGAAAGGGGACGGCUGUGUUUCUGAUACUGCCAUUUGAAGCAUGUGCCAAUGUACUUUUACUGAAAUGCUGUUCACUUGCAAUGUAUUUCUCAUUGAUUUAUAUAAACUAAAUUAAAUUGUCAUAUUAAUAAUAGAUUACUGGACAAUUUCAGACCACUUGUAGUGCAUUGAUUCUCAUCUGAUGUAGCCCCUGGAGUUGAAAGGCAUGCUGCUGGGACGUGGUUGACAUGGUUGCCUUUUGGUUUGGUCUCUCUAAUUUCAGAAAUGAUCUAAUUUUAUUCCUUGAGAGGACCUGGUAAUGUUCUAGGCAUCAUGACAUAAUUAAGGGAUGUAAAGCUUGAAGGGACAUGGUGUGUUUCAUCAGCUGAUACAGUUAGUAAAAGUGGACAAGGUUUCAGAUGCAUAGACCUUCCAUAACUUUAAUAUAUAGUACAUUUUUAUGUGAAUAGUAUCUGUUCUUAUAUGACUGAUCAUUUCUGAAUAUUUGCAUUAUAAAAUAGGAUAGUGCAAUUACUUUGUGUAUAAAAAUUGUCUAUAUCUAGUAUAUCUUACUAGCACAGAAUAUAUAUGUAUAAAUGUUUCAUGUUAAUGUGCAAAAGAAAUUGCAAUAAAUUAUUUUUUCCACUGA